AUAACAAGCUCACCAUCAAGUCCAUUAUUGUCCUUUUUUUUUUCUUCAGCAGCGGGGUGGGAACUCUUCACUCCUAUCUGUGGUCGGAGUUAUUUUUGUCCCGCAGACAGGGCCUAGCUAACCGCUGCUAGCGAACUUCAAUAUAGUCUCCGCUUUACCAGUGUAGUUGUUCCCGCGCGGUUGUUCCUCAGUUCCUCUUCGUUUUAACAAGAUGGUCGUGUUGACAAGUCACAAUGAAGAACAGGAUUAUAUCCUGAUUGAGGAGCGCAAAUGCACAUCGCUGCCCAACUCUCCUGCUAAACGAGUGUCCCCGUCCAAAAAGAAGCAGUUCUAUAUUCUUCAAGCCAUCCGGAAUUCUGAGCUCACUCCCCGAGCAAAAGGCAAGAAGAGUCUCAGACGACAGGAAAACACACGCUUUCUUGCCAACCUUCUUGAAAAUGAUGAGUACUGCAAAGAUGAUCUGGAGGUUUCCAGUAAUCCUGCAAUACCAUCCAUCUUCACUGAAGCAAGUACCAACAGGAACUACUUCGAGCCCUGGAACAACUUCAUGAACUGCUCCGGCGAGGAGCAGGAGAGGCUUCUGUGUCUGCUGGAGCAGGAGGUGGCCAAGAAGAAAAACAUCCAUCGCCUCUUUAAAGACCAGAGGAAUGACCCUGCCUUCAACGCUCAGGACUGCUUCCAAAGGAUUGACAGAAGACUUCGGAUGACUCUCCGACGCAAACAGAUUCCGAUGGGAACUCUGGAGGUGCUUGAGGAGAACCUGCUGAGCUUCUUCAAUGACCAGCCACAUUCUGUUUACACAACCAACCUCAACAGCAGCUUCGAGAGACUGUUGCUUCAUGCUGUGUGCCAGUAUAUGGACCUUGUGUCUGAGAGUACUGACUAUAAUGGGUUGCGCCAGACUGAAGUUGUGAACAAACAAGAGGAGUUCCUGCCUCCCACACUGCUCUUGUCUGCCUAUUUGGACCAGAUGAUCUAAGAGUAGGACCACGCCUCACUCCCGUCUGUCAGUGUGGCUUUACUGCAGGAGCUCUUUGAGUGCGGUUGUAAUGUCUGCAAGGCGUGAACUGAAAAUGCCCUUUUUCUCUGGCUGGUAUCGGAUUGCAUUUCAACUGAUUUCAACAAGAUGAUCUCUCUGCAGUUCAAGUCAUUGUCUUGGCCUGUAUGAAACUCAUUUGUUUGUAAAUGCAGUCGCAAGUAACAAAGUGACACGUGAACCUGUCUAAGGUUUUAUGAGCAGAUCUCACUUAACGUAUCAACAAUGUAUGGACUUAUCUUCGUGUUCACAUUUGUUUAUGAAAAUAGGGCUGACCAAAAAGGUGGAGGUUGGUACACCAAUUGCCAUAAUAACACUUCAGUGUGAAAUGUAAUUAUGAGUCUGUACAUAGUCUUUCACUUGGAAAAUGUAACAGAUCCAUGGUUCAUGGACUUCCUGCCGUUCAGACCUACUGUACUCUAAAUUGAUGACUCAAAGCUGUCAGCAAUCAAAAUAGAGCUGCUGAAUGUAUUGAGCACCAAGGCGCGCCAUGGAAUCACUUCCUGGCUGCAGGAACGUUGUAAGUAGCCACAUUUGAAGCAUGAAAAUUAAUGUCAUCUAUGUCAUUCAUAAGAGUAGGAAAUAUAAAAAUAGCAAAGGUGUGGGAACAUAUUGAGCACAUUACAGUAACACUUGCCAGCUUUACAUUUUGUUUUCUCUGUAGUCAGGUGUGUAAAACAAGUCAGGAUCUUACAUGUCAAUAAGAAAAGCUCUAGAUGGUACUCAGUUGUGACCGUAAUGUCCAAUUUUAAAACUAUAUAGCCGAAAAUAAUGGACGUGCAACCCUGGAAAGCACUUUUGCCUUAAGAGAAAAUUCUGUUUUUUUAUGUACAUAUAUUUAUACAUUUGUACGUGAGAGAGUUUUUAAAAACGCAAAAAACAGGUUUCUCGGUGCAUUUUGUUUACAGCCAAAGUUGUAUGAAAAUGUUAUUACUCAGGCUUCAACAGUGUCUGAUUGUCACCUUAUGUAAGUACUGUAUUUGGUACCUCACGCCAUGUAAACACCUGCGGGAUUCUGAAAGCUUUACAUAGUGAACAUUUGUGAUUGCGUUUAUCAUGUGUUCAUUGUGUGUGUGCUGCAAUAGUAAUUUAUCUGUAACUGCCAUUAUUAAAUGCAUUUCGAUUUUCA